CUCUUCUCUGGGCGGUUCCAGUCUGAAAAGAGAGGUUUAGAGGAAAGCUCACCAACAUUAACUAUCAGCGCAGACACAAACAUGGCGCCUGCCUCCCCCGACAACUUCAGAUGAAAGUGUGGUAACGAAGUGGCCAGCAAAGUUUCAUAGGAGUAUUUCGAAGUGGCUUUUUCUGCGCGCCGUUUUGGUAUAACCUGUUUCGAUUUGCAUAAGUAGAAACACGGACUACAUCAAGCGGGUAAAAACAGCAAGUUGCCUACAUGUCAACAUUGUCUCUCGCUGCAGUGUAAACAGCUGGUACGUCCAGCCAUGAUUGAGGAUAAAGGUCACCGUGUGACCGACUACUUUGUGGUGGCCGGAUUGACAGACAAGUCCACGCCUCUGGAGCAGGACUUGUCAGAGACUAAGUCCAGCGGGCCCAAAGCGCCCAUCACUGACCUGGCCGUCAUUAACAGGUCGGCAGGUGAAACGGUGCCCGAGGGCUUCACUUGCAUCGACACCACAUACAGCGGCCAACCAGCCAACCUUAAUCAUGGCAGUCUGAAGAGCCCUGAGCUGUUCCUGUGCUACAAGAGGGAUCGAGGGAAACCGCCUCUCAUUGACAUUGGUGUGCUGUAUGAAGGUAAAGAGCGCCUGAUCCAGGGCUGCGAGGUCAUCCAGGCCACACCUUACGGCCGCUGCGCCAAUGUCAACAACAGCUCUGCCACCUCGCAGCGCAUCUUCAUCACCUUCCGCCGAGCGCUGCCUGUCCAGCCUCAAAACUCCCUGGCAGUGACAGACAUCUGCGUCAUCAUCACCAGCAAGGGUGAGACGCCACCACAUACCUUUUGCAAGGUGGACAAGAACCUUAACUGUGGCAUGUGGGGCUCCAAUGUGUUCCUGUGUUACAAGAAAUCAGUAUCUGCGUCCAAUUCCAUCAGUUAUAAAGCCGGUCUCAUCUUUCGUUACCCAGAAGAGGACUAUGAGUCUUUUCCUCUGUCAGAGUCUGUCCCUCUGUUUUGUUUGCCCAUGGGUGCCAAGAUCGAGUGUUGGGCACCAAACACACGUGAUCCUCUGCCUAUCUUCUCCACAUUUGUUUUAACCAACUCUUCUGGUGAAAAGGUGUACGGAGCAGCCAUCCAGUUCUACGAGCCAUAUCCAGUGGAUCUAUUGAGCGAGAAACAGAAGAUCCAGCUGGGCUUGCUCACCACGGUGGAGAAGAAGAUGAUCCCCAACAGGCCCGUGAACACCAAUAAAUGCAUCUGCCUGCUGUCCCGCUGGCCCUUCUUUGAGUCCUUCCGCAAGUUCCUGAUGUUCCUCUACAAGCUGUCCGUCUCAGGCCCGCACCCACUGCCUAUUGAGAAGCACAUCUCGCACUUCAUGCACAAUGUAUCAUUUCCUUCCCCUCAAAGGCCGAGAAUAUUAGUCCAGCUCUCCGCACAUGACACCAUGAUCCUCUCCCAGCCUGUGUGUACACCCUUACCCCUCAGCGGGGCAGAUUACGGGACUCUGCUGUUGAAUCUGGGCUCGGAGAACUGUGCCACCCUGCUGCACUUUGUCCUGCUGGAGAGCAAGAUCCUGCUGCACUCCCUCCGGCCCGCCGUGCUCACGGGGGUGGCUGAGGCUGUGGUGGCUAUGAUCUUCCCCUUCCAGUGGCAGUGUCCCUACAUCCCCCUGUGUCCGCUUUCUCUAGCAGGUGUCCUCAAUGCUCCGUGUCCAUUUAUAGUGGGUGUGGAUUCCCGCUACUUCGACCUUUACGACCCGCCGCCAGAUGUUGUCUGUGUGGAUCUGGACACCAACACUAUCUACCUGUCUGACGAAAAGAGACACAGCAACUGGAAGAACCUCCCAAAGAAGCCCAGCAAGAGUCUGAUUAACUCACUGAGCAACUUGCACCCCCAGCUGGCCACUGUUUCAGUUCGUCAAACGUCACAGGAAGGCUCAGCAGUUGAUAUGACCCCCAUUGAGGCAGACUUCUCCUGGCACAAGAAGAAAACUUCCCUGGAAAUGGAAAUCCAGGAAACCUUCCUUCGCUUCAUGGCCUCCAUCCUGAAGGGCUACCGCACCUACCUCAAACCCAUCACCCAGGCGCCCUCCGAAAAGGCUACAGCUGCUGACUCCCUCUACGACCUGCAAGGGUUUCUCAAAAGCAGAGACCGCGCCCAGCACAAGUUCUACUCCCAGCUCACCAAGACGCAAAUAUUUAUCCGCUUCAUUGAGGAGUGCACCUUUGUCAGCGACAAGGACACUGGCCUGGCCUUUUUUGACGACUGCGUCGACAAGCUUUUUCCCUCUGAUAAAAUCACGGACAAGGGCACCAAGGUUGAAGGAGAGUCCUCUGAGGACACAAGACUGUUAGAGUUGGAUGAGUCCCAGAAGAGUGAGCACACGGUCUUCGUCAUGCCCCCUGAACCUCCAGCUGACGACGGACCUGAACAUGCCCCCAAAUACACCUAUAAAGGUUUCCCCAGGCUGAAAAUUGAGCUGUUUGACCGUCCAAGGGAGUUACGUCCAGCACUGAGCAGCAGAGCAGCAGGGGCCAGUCUGUCCAGCAGCCCUGCGUUACUGGCUAAGAGGACGAAGCAGGAGGUCAAGCUAGCAUACAAGAUGGCCAAGCGGUUUUACUCCCACCCUCAGCUGUGGGCCCGGUGUCUGCUGAGCCACUGCUACAGCCUCUGGUUCAUCUGCCUGCCAGCAGCCGUGCGAUUGGCCAAGUCGAAAAGCCGUGCCAUGCAGCAGGCGUACAACGUCCUCCUGAAAAUGAGGGUCACUGAGGUGGAGGUGCUGGAUGAGGUGUGCUACAGAGUAGUGAUGCAGCUCUGCGGUUUGUGGGGUCUUCCUGUAAUGGCUGUGCGAGUCCUAGUUGAAAUGAAAAAAGCUGGAGUACAUCCAAACGCCAUCACAUACGGAUACUACAACAAGGCCGUGUUAGAAGGCCCGUGGCCGAGCAGAAACCGUAGUGGCCUCUUUAUGUGGACCAAGCUGCGUAAUGUGCUCCGUGGAGUGACCCAGUUCAAGCAUGCUCUAGACCAAACAUCUUCCAAGAAGGGACCUGCACUUAGCACCACAGCUGCAUCAUUAGGUGGGUCAGUUGUCACUGACGCUGACCGUUUAAGUCACGGAAGCGCUGACAGCUCAAGUGAAGUCAACGGUGAGGAUCACAGGCUUGUCCACAGCCACACCAUGGAAGACACAACAGACAACCACUGUAGUACAGGGAGGCAGUCUGAUCAAGGCUACGGUUCCAAGGAUGAGUUGCACCAGGAGCUGGCAGAGCCUUUGCAUCCAGCUGCCCUUUCCACUGAAGAGAGAACCAAUUCCAAACCACAGCACAAUGGAGGUGACGUAGCUGGCUCAGUGGACAGUGCCGUAGCAGUAGCAGAGCCUCCCAGUCCCACUGAGGUACCCUCACCUGUCCCCAGUAUUGUGAAACUGUCCACAGGGAGCUUCGAUGGUGGCAGAGAAACGGGUACAGCGAAGCUGUUCAGGAGACACAGCAAGACUGAUAACGUGUCUCUCCCUGAUGAUGAUGCCUCACUGGCAACAGGGGAUGUCCCUCACCAGUCUCAGCAGCAGCGUCAGAAAUCGUUUUCUGAACGCAGUUGCAGCUUCAGUGUUGAAACCCGUGCUGGGAUGCUCUUAGAGAAAGGCGUGGACCACAUAGCUAGUCAGAUGGGUGCUGAUGCCCGGAUCCUGACUGCAGCACUCUGUGCAGCCCCGAGUCCUCCCCCUGUUAGCAAAGCACUUUUUAAAGACCUGGAAGAGCCUGAAGAUGAUCGGGGCUUGAUACUGGGGAAGCUGUCAGAAGAAGAGGGGCCACGAGCAGCAGACGAAGGGAAGGGAGAUGAUGUAGAGACAGAGGAGACUGAGGUUAAAAAGGAGAAACGAGAGAGGAAGCACACCGAAACACAUGACGAUGAGUCUGGCCAGCGAGGAGCCACCCUGGAGAGGGCAGACGUGGAGGUGGGUGCUGACCCACUUUCCCUCCUGGUGUUCGAGUCCGAAGAGUCGGCCUCUGUCACCAGCCAGGAGCCGCCACGCUCCGUGCCUGCUGUUGUGUCCCGCAAUCUGGCUGAAGAGAUCGAAAUGUACAUGAGCCUCAGAAGCCCCCUGGGUGUGAAGUCCUCGAGCAUGGAGCUCCAGCAGGCCCAGGGAGACUCAACCGACUCCCCACAGUCCAAACCACCUCUAGAACGCAGGUCCAGCCUCCCUGUACCCCCUGUCAAAACUGGCUCCCCAGGUGACACACCCAAACGCAGCCCCACUACUGUCACUCGCUCCAAGACUUUUGUAGAAAAGACGAGGACAACAGCGAGCACUACUGGUAGUCCAGGUGUUAGAUCGGCUUCAUUGACCGCGCUGGUGAAGUCCUCGCAGGCAGCGUCACUGGGCUCAGUCAUCAACUCCAUUUCAGGCAUCAAGAUGGACACCCUCUUGUCGGGACCUAAAAUUGAUGUGCUUAAGACAGGCAUGAAACAGGCUGCAAAUGUAGCCAGCAAAGUGUGGGGUGCAGUUACUUCAGCUUACUCCUACUCAGAUGAUGAGGAUGAGCAGGCUCAGAGUGGUGGCGGCUUCCCGUCACAUCUGGAUGAACACAUGUUGGCUGCACAUGAAGAAGGUGACAGUCCUGACAGAGGAGCCAUCCCAGUUUUGGCAGCCAAUGGUCUCAACCAGAGCCGUACCAGCCUGGGCAGCAGCAGUGGCAGCAGUGACACAGGGAGGGGGACCCAUCAGCUUCAUCCAACUCCAGGACGAGCAGGCAGGGGGCCCGAGUCUGAGCAAGGAUCCUCACUCCAUGCUUCCUCUUCGAGCAUUUACCAGAACUGUGCACUGGAGGUGUUGAUGUCCAGUUGCUCCCAGUGCCGUUCUUGUGAGGCCCUUGUUUAUGAUGAGGAGAUAAUGGCAGGCUGGACAGCUGAUGAUUCCAACCUGAAUACAAAUUGUCCUUUCUGUCGCACGGCCUUUCUUCCCUUGUUGCACAUUGAGUUUCAUGACUUGCGCCCAGUGAGCGGGUUCUACAUGAAUCCUAGUGCAUCAGGAGACAGCAUCCACAGCACCAGUGCCCAGCUCAAAGCCAGCAGCUCAGCCGACAUCAAAACACAAGACCUUAUCUCUUUCCCUGAAGAGGAACCGAGGGAGGCUCCAGAUAAUCAGCCUGGAACACAAAAGGGUCUGAUUCCUGAGCCGGUGCAGUCAGACCCCCUGGGUCUCCUGGAGUGCCAGGCAGUGGGGAAAGCGCAGAAAUGCAGUGGGACAUCACUGACACGCAGCAACAGUGUUGGUGGCCCGCUGCAGAGCCUGGACUACUCCCAGAGACCUGGACAUGGCGUCUCCACCACCAGCUUGCCCUGCAGCCUGCAGGAGGUUUCGGAUGGCAUGGGAACUAAACGGCCAAACCCCAAACCUGUGUCUGUACCUUAUCUCAGCCCGUUGGUGCUGCGCAAGGAGCUGGAGACCCUGUUGGAGAACGAAGGAGAUCAGGUGAUCUACACUCACAAGUUCCUCAGCCAGCACCCCAUCAUUUUCUGGAACCUGGUUUGGUAUUUCCGUCGUCUGGACCUGCCCUCUCACCUACCUGGUCUCAUCCUUACCUCUGAACACUGCAACAAAGGAGUGCAGCUGCCACUGACAUCACUGUCCCAGGAAAGUAAGCUGGUAUAUGUCCAACUCCUGUGGGACAACAUUAACCUGCACCAGGAGCAAGGAGAGCCCCUCUACCAGCAGUGGAGGACCUUCUGGGAGAAGAAGGGAACUUUGGCUCCAACAGACCACCAUGAGAUUCGGACCCUCCUCAACACAAUUGUUCGUAACAUCCAGACAAACGACGUCUAUGGGCCAAUCAACCUGUUGAUUCGAGAGAUCAAACGGCGCCCAGAGGGUGUGAAGCGGCAGAGGAAUAUCUACAGAGAAAUACUAUUCCUCUCACUGGUGGCCUUGGGGAAGGAGAACAUUGAUGUUGAGGCCUUCGACAGGGAGUACCAUUUGGCUUAUGACCAACUGAGUGCUGAACAGCUCAAGUCUUUGCACUGCAUUGAUAGACCGCCCAGCCGCAGCGUCCAGUGCUGCCUUAAAUGCUUUGGGACUCCAUUCAUCUGACCACCAGCGCUUGUAGCAAAGAUUAAAAGAUUAAAAAAUAUUGGACCAGCAAGAAGGUCAGCAGGAUCAAUGGACAUCAAUGGCGGCGGGCUGUGGUGUGAGCGAAAAAUGAUUUUGUAUUUAAACACCUCCAACUGCCCAAAUGUGGUACUGCUUCUUCCCUUGGUCUUGGAAGAUGGCCAUUGUUGACCUUUUUUUUUUUUUUUUUUUUAAACAGCCUUAUUAUGCUUUUCAUUGACUUUCCAAGCAGCUACGUAUAGGCGGGACUGUUUCCUGUAAAUUGUUUGGAAAGCUGCAGUGAAUCUUUUGGGAUUAGUUGAGGUUUGUUUUUUUUACAGAUGGUGUAUAGAAUGUUUAAUCAGUGUACAGAAUGUAUUGACUGCCCCUAUGGUGUAGACAUAUCUGUCCGUGUGUGUGUGUGUGUGUGUUUGUGCUUAAUCGUGCAGUCAGUUCUCGGCCUCGUAGCAUUUUGCUAACUUUGCUUAAAUCUGUCAUAACCUGCCACAGAUGAGAUCAUUUUGGGUUGUUUGAGACCGUAUACAGACCCCAGCUGUUCCCAAAAAAGGCAGGCGCGGGUUGUGAUCUGAAACUAGGAUGACUCCUUUUGUUUUCUUUUUUUUUUUUAUCUCAAGGCAAGAAUCAAGUUUCAAACCUUGACUAGUUGUGUAAGACAAGUCUUAAUGAAUGUUCAUGUUUGUUUAAUUGUAAAUGUACAGGUUCAGAGUGAGGCUCUUCGUGUAAAUAUAUGUUGGAAGCACACAUGUAAAUGGGAUAGAACUGAGGACAAUCACCGAUCAUCAGCUACCAAAACAUAUUCUACAACAUUCCAGAUGCACCGCAAUCAGAACAGCUCUUAAAGUAAUAUUGAUCGCUGCAACAACACUCACAUGAUUAAACCAGCAAGUCCUUGGAAGAGAGUCAGAAAAAAAUACAUUAAUCUGAAGUGAAAAGACACGCCACGCUACUGAUUCCCACACAUUAAAAUAAGACACAUGUUGUCUGUAACAGAAGCCUCAGUGACAAAGCAGUCAUUCCAACUUGAUUUUAAUAUCUGCAUUUUUUUUUAAAGUAGCAUAUUGUACUUGUUAAGCUAAUAUGCCUUAUUGCUAUGUUAAAUUAGAACUGUAACUUGUAUGUACUGGGAAUAUUCCUUACUCUAGCAUUGAAUUAACCAGUAAGAUUUUUUUUUAAUUGGUUAUAUGGUUUACACACAAUAACUUUGGAUGAUAUUGGUUGCAAUUAGAGCUUUAUACUACAAAGGGCUUCUUCAGUACUACUUUUACUGUGUUCAUUUGACAUUCCAUUAAAUGCUUAAACAGACAGGAAAAAAGCAAUGUGCUUUGAUGAACUGUGUAGAUGGUCCUAUUGUAGACUUGGGAGGAUGGCUUGUACAGAAGCGAUAAUAAAUAUUGUGAAAUAUUCAAUUUGCACUGCAUAGAUUAAAACCUGAAUUUAACCCAGGAUGAGGAUGAGAUGAGACCACCUCAAAAAUCUUAGCAUACAUACAGUAGUUUUUUUUUUUCUCCAAAACAAAAUUAUCAAUUAUUUAUUUUUGUAUUAUUGACAUUUGGAUUACAGUGUGGUAACUUAGCAUUUUUAUGACUAACAACCCCCAUCUUUCCCUUUUUAAUUUGUCUUUUCCCCCCCUGUACUGACUUGUAAAUUUGCCCUCCUGAUGGCAGAGGAUGUACAGAAGAGACUGUUCUUUAACAAUAGAUAAAAUGAUUUCUUACCGUCCUGUGGAAAGGAACUGAAUGUCCACACAUAAGUGCGCUGCAAUAAAUGAGUUUGUGAACUGAGUGAAAAAUGAAA